UUGUAGUAUUGUAGAGUCUAGAUAUAUAACUAUAGAUCAUUAUUCGAUCCUAAUAGACUAAUAUAGACUCUACCUAGUCUAGAUGAUAGAUCUAGAUUUAGUUGUAAACAUUCAACAUUGAAAUAUUUAAUUUUGUUGAAAUUAAGACAAUUAAGUCAUGCAUAUAAGGCAAUCAUUGUCACUAGCUUGUCUGCUAGCGAUGCUUCUAGUUUGUUGUACAGCCAAACCAGUGCGCAGAGGACCACCACCACCACAACCAGUUGAGGGGGAUUCUCCUGAACAUCCAAAAUCUACUGGUCUAGCUUAUGACCACUACUUAAGACAAGUCGUUGAUGUUUUAGAAAGUGAUCCAGAGUUUAGAAAAAAACUGGAGACUGCCAAUGUGUCUGACAUACGGAGUGGUAAGAUAGCUAUGUAUCUGGAAAUGGUCAACCACACAGUGAGGACAUCCCUUGAUGAGAUAAAGAGACGCGAGAUUAGCAGGCUACAGGAACUGGCCAGGCUUCAGAUGCAAGGCAUGUCUGGUACGGAUGUGAUUAUGAAUGCAAUGAAUCGAGCUCACGAUGGUGUGAAAAAGUUUGAGAUCCCCUCUUACCUUGAUGUCAGGAACCCACACAGCUUUGAAGUGAAAGAUUUGGAAAAUCUUAUUAUUAAAACCACCAGUGAUUUAGAAGAGUUAGAUAAACAAAGGAAAGAAGAGUUCAAGGAGUAUGAGAUGGAGAAGACUUUUGAGCAGCAGGAACACUUGAAGGCUUUGAAAGAGGAGGAGAGAAAGAGGGAAGAGGCCAGAUUGGAGGAGCUGAAGAAAAAACACGCCCAGCAUCCCAAAGUGAAUCACCCGGGGAGCAAAGAUCAGUUUGAGGAAGUCUGGGAAAAAGUGGAUCACCUGGAAGACCAAGAGUUCAACCCUAAAACAUUUUUCUACACACACGAUGUGAAUGGUGACAUGGAGUGGAGUGUUGAUGAAGUAGAUGCUGUCUUACAAUUAGAGUUGGACAAAGUGUAUGAUGCCAAGAAUUCACCCGAUGAAGAUGAUCCAGUGGAAAGGCAGGAAGAGAUGAACCGCAUGAGGGAGCAUGUAUUCCAAGAGAUGGACAAAGAUAAGAACUGGCGCAUCUCAUUCCAGGAGUUCAUCGACUACACUGGCUCACAGGGGCAAAACCAGGAGUUCCAGAAAGAUGAUGGCUGGAAGACUGUAGACGAGGAGCCAGUGUUUACAGAUGAAGAUUACCAGAGAUAUUUACAGGAACACCAUGCACAGCCUGGAGUCAUUCAUCCUCCAGAAAAUUUGCAAUUCCAACCUGAAGGACAGCUUCAUCAACAAGAACAACCAUCUGAACAUCAGCAAGGUCAACCACCAGCACACCAACAAGGUCAACCACAAGCACAUCAAGGCCAACCUCCAGCGCAUCAGCAAGGACAACCACCAGCACAUCAACAAGGACAACCACCAGCAUACCAACAAGGACAACCACCAGCACACCAGCAAGGACAGCCAGUCGACCAACAGCAUGGGCAGCCAGUGGACCAACAGAAUCUGGAUGCAGAGAAACUUCAACAACAGAUACGAGAUUUACAGAAUCAAUUACAGCAGCAACAACAGCAGCAGCCAAACACACAACAGCCUCAGCAUUAGAAGUGACAUUGGAGACCCAAGGACUGAACAAACUGAAUUUCUAUUCAGCCUUCCAAACUUGAACUGAAGACAGGAGAAGAAGUUUUAAAGCAAGGAAAAAAAGAACAACAACAUUCAUGUGUGUGUGUCUGAUGCAGGAGUGUGUGUGGAUUCUUGAAUGAACAUGUCUCACCCUAACAUGACAGUAUUUAUUGAUUUGACUUUUUUUUUUUUUUUGUGCAUUUUUUUCCUGCUAAUUGAAAUAGUGCACUACCAAUUAGAAUGAAGCUUAAAACAAUUUUGCAAAUGAAGUUACUACCAAAUGUGACUUAAAUGUGUGGCAUUAAAUCUUUCCUUUAACUCUUUCUUGGCUUUGAUUUAGAAGUUGUUGUUUGUUCUCUCUGUUGAUCAAAUGUUUCUAUUAGAAACAAAAAAUUGGCCAUGUAAAAAUGUUUUCUGGUUAAUCAAACUUUUAGGAUUGAUCAAAAUAUAUAUGUUUUUAAUGAAAGUGUUUCUCAACCUAAGAUGUUUCAUUUCUGGACUUACUGGGGGAGUGAGAGUUCAGAAAAUAAUAUUUUCAAACAGGGUACCAGAAAACUGAUUUGUUAAGCAGAUGAGAGGAACUAGCAUCGAGUCCCUCUAAAGAAAAAAAAAAAAAGGUUGACCAAUGCAACUCAAUAUACUUUGUUUUCCAUUGUACUGUUUUACUUCAAGGUCUGGUUGAUCCUAGCACACAUUGACUUUUAGACUCAAACUAUUUACAAAGCUUUAUUUCAUGUUUAGGGUUUCUGUUUAUUCCCCACGUCUGCUUACUUAGCUCCCCUUUUUCCCCACCGUUUACCCUUUCCACCGUGUGAACUCAUGACCUUCACAAUUUGCUGAGCUUUUUAUAUGAAUUGUAAUUCCUAGUGGUAUAUCUUGAGUUCUUGUUAGCAAAAUGUCUCCUGAUUUCAUCACAUCUGGAACAUUACGAAUCUCUAUAUUAGCUACAGUACUGUUACUUUUUUAAAAAUAGACCAGCAGUAGAUAUGUCUUUAGGGGAUAAAGUAUACCCAAAGAACGAGACACGUUCCUAGUCUAGUAUCGUAAGAAUUGUUACUGAGAGUAGUACUCUAUCUAUUGUUUUAUAGGUUAAACUUCAUUGACUCAUCUUGUUCUGUCAAGUCUUAAUUUGCAUCCAAUACAAACUAAAAGAAGUUGUUCAGGAUGUUUUGGGUUGUUGAAUUUUUCUUCUCCAAUUUUUUGUUUGCAUUUAUUUGUGAGUGUCCUUUUGAAAAUUACUAUGUGAUCAAUUUUUUAUUUUGUUUCUUGUGUGUGGACAAUUUUGUUGUGAAACAGAAAAAGCUUUACUGACCUGGUAGUUGUAAGGAGUUUGGAAAGUUCAUCUACAGUACAGUAGAACUUUGAUGUCCCUAACUUAGUUUCCUGUGAAAUGUAAUUGGUGUAGUGAAUACUAUCUAUCUCCAGUUUUAUUAGGAAUCCAGUUCUGGUACAAGACAAGUAUUCGCCCAUUUAUCUGAUGUUUACAUUCCACAUAAUAUUCAAAUUAAAAACAUGGUAAAUUUAGAUGGAUUUUUUUUAAACCCCAAACACUUGAAAUACUUGACAUAGGAGUUACCUUCUCUUUUUUUUUUUUUUUAAAUUAU